CUCUCCGUCCUUUCUUAUUCUUUUUUUCUUGUUUUCUUAUUACGGCAGUUUCUUCUUCUUCCUCCUCCUCCGUUGUCUCUCAGAGUCCCAUUAACAAACACUUCGUACGCGCUCUCUCUCUCUCUCUCUCUCUCUCUCUCUCUCUCUCCCCUUGUCCCUUUCGCUUCAUCAACAAACAUCUCGAUUGCUUCUCCUCCUCUUCCUCUUCCUCCUCCUCCUCUGCCUCUUUAGUAUUAAAAAAAGUCGGAGAUCCUAUCUCUUUACGCCUCCCCCAACCCACCCGCAACCCAUUAAAAUCCCUAAGCAAGCCAUGGCCUCCACCGCGCCCAUCUCUCAGACCCGCUCCCUCUCCGCGGCUCCCACCCGAAGGGUUUCGAAGGCGCCCUCGCUCAAAACCCCGUCCCUCCAACCGUGGGCGCACCGUGCGAGGAGCCCUCUGUGGAUGCCUCUGAGGACCGCCGUGGUGGUCGCGGCGACGGCGACGGAGAUGCCGAAGAAGCACAAGGGAGGCGAGGAGAAGGGCUUUGUGGACGAGAUGAGGGCGGUGGCGAUGAAGCUGCACACCAAGGACCAGGCGAAAGAGGGGGAAAAGGAGUCGGAUGCGCCGCCCGUGGCCAAGUGGGAGCCCUCCAUCGAGGGUUACCUCAAGUUCCUUGUCGACAGCAAGCUCGUGUUCGAUACCCUUGAGACCAUCGUCAACAAGGCGCCAUGCCCCUGGUAUGCAGAGUUCAGGAACACUGGCUUGGAAAGGUCAGAGCAAUUGGCUAAGGAUUUAGAAUGGUUCAAGCAAGAAGGUCAUGCAAUUCCUGAGCCCUCUACUCCAGGCAUCACCUAUGCUCGUUAUCUUGAGGAGCUGGCCGAGAAAGAUCCUCCAGCAUUUAUAUGCCACUUUUACAAUGUAUAUUUUGCUCACACUGCUGGAGGUAGAAUGAUUGGUAAAAAGGUUGCAGAGAAGAUACUGAACAAUAAGGAACUGGAGUUCUACAAAUGGGAUGGUAAUCUUUCCCAAUUGCUGCAGGGUGUGAGAAAUAAGAUCAACCGAGUUGCUUCUAACUGGUCUAGGGAAGAGAAGGACCACUGUUUGGAGGAGACAGAGAAGUCAUUUAUAUAUUCAGGAGAAAUACUCCGUCUAAUACUGUCCUAGUUAAAGUGAGAAGAAACUUGUUUGUUGUAUCAGAUGUAUAUACAUAUACUUUUAAUCCGUUGUUUGCGUCGUCAAGACUUAUCUAGACGAUUUCAUGUCUUCCCAUGGAAUUUGCUCAGUAAUUGUAUAACUUAUUUCCUUUUACCCUUGGUUUCUUGGGUAACUGAAUUUGUGUCAUGUUGGAAGGCAAACUUGAUGCAGCUGUUUAUUGCCGUAACCAAGCGGAAAAGAACAGAAGGUUGUAUCACCCUUGUUUUGAGCCUGCAUUUAGUGAGAUUUGAAUUCGCUCUGUAGA